UUUGCACCAUUCAUAUAAUUCAUUUUUUAUUCAUUUUUUUAAACGUUCAAUAACAACAUCUCAUCCAACGAUUUUUCCUGCGAUGACAGUCUGUCGAACCCAAUGUAGAGAAGGCAACGGCACUAGUCUGGCCGGUUCGGACAAAUUAUCCGGAUGUUGCUCAAAUUGUCCCGAUAAAAUGACCGUAAGCGAUCCCACAGUCAAUGCAAAAAAUCCGUUCGACCAUAACUCAAUGCCUAAUUGUAAAUUGUCGAAGUCAAAUAUUCUCGAUAAAUUGCAUUUUAAGUUGAACCAGCUGAAUAAAUUAAAUGCUCACGUGCAGAGGUGUAACGAUGCGUUGGAAAAUUCAAAAUUGAAACGUAACCCUAAGUCAUUUCAAUCGAAAAUGGAAUUUGAGAAUUUUCUACGGAAAACGUAUAACGAUAAUCGUUACUCAUAUUGCAUUCUGAACUGUGGACCAUCAGUUCCGCACCGACAAUUGAAAGCAAUGCAAGUAACAGACACUCGUAUUCCCAAAGACAUGGGGUGGAAUUGGAAGAUUACGCAUUCGGAGGACUGGCAACCGGGAAAAUUACCGAAAAUUAUAAAAAUGCGAAUGAGUCAUUUUCUCAAUUAUUAUCCAUGCGACACUCUGCCCAUCACCAGAUGUGACAUAAAACUAUCCAAAACUUCGUUCAACAGCGGUGACGAAUUGGAAUGGAAGAUUAAAAAAAUGAUUCAGAGCAUGGGAUUUUCGCCGUGUAUCUGUACUAAAUCGAUAGCGUGGUGCACCUGUCGUGAUAAGAAUGAGACGACGAAAUUGAAGAAAAUCUUGAAUCAAAUCGAACAGCAAAUCGGUGAAAGCGGACUGGAAUACAAAUUGUAUUUGAACGAAAUGAAUGAUGAUAAUUCCAAGAAAAUAACAUUGUAUGACAGGAGAACGUCCUCGAAAUCCAUUCCCGAUUUAAUUCAUCAGGAGACCCAAUACGAACCGAUGGAUUUCAAAAUUAAGAGAAGUUAUACCAGUAGGUUGUCGAAGCCUAAAACUAUUGAGACGAAAACUGCUAAGCCGAACAACAGUGCGGUAACAGUGAGUGGAGGUGAUUUGAAAACUUUGAAUAAAAAAUCGAAAAAAUAAAUUGAAUUGAGGAGAA